GUGCUACGGGGGUUUCCUUGUCUUUGACUGGAGACCAGCACGCAGAGAGGCAGAUGAUAACAGCAUCCAUUGCUGUUAUUCAGCCUACACACAUCUCAAUGAACUGCUCGCACAGAAGCCACUGAUCGUGCCCACUGCUUUUUGCAGGGCAGAGAUAGCGAUCAGUGUCUAAAAACGGCACCCCUUCUUUUUUUCCUAUGAGAUUAUUUUUUCAUAGACUCCUUUUGUAAAAACAUUCAAGGUCUCUGUAGCCUCUUUCCACCAUGGUGCUAGGAAAGGUAAAGAGCUUCACAGUGAGCUACGACUGUCUCAAUGACAGCAAUGUUCCCGUUUUCUCGAGCGGGGACUGCGUCUCAGGUAGGGUGAUCAUCGAAGUCACCGGAGAAAUCCGCGUGAAAUCUCUCAAGAUCCACGCAAAAGGAUUUGCAAAAGUUCGUUGGACUGAAUCGAGAAAUGCUGGAUCCAACACUGCCUACACGCAAAACUACACGGAAGAAGUGGAAUACCUAAAUCACAAAGACAUUUUAAUUGGACACGAGAGAGACGAUGACAACUCAGAGGAAGGCCUCACCACUAUCCAUUCAGGAAGACAUGAGUAUGCAUUCAGCCUCGAGCUUCCUCAGACACCCCUGGCUACCUCUUUUGAAGGGAAGCAUGGCAGUGUGCGCUACUGGGUAAAGGCAGAACUCCAUAGGCCAUGGCUCCUGCCCAUGAAGACCAAGAAGGAAUUUACAGUCUUUGAGCACAUCGACAUCAACACUCCAUUAUUGCUGUCACCCCAGGCCGGCACAAAAGAUAAGACACUUUGCUGUUGGUUUUGCACCUCAGGUCCUAUUUCCCUAAGUGCCAAAAUUGAAAGGAAAGGAUACACCCCAGGAGAGUCGAUCCAGAUCUUUGCAGAGAUCGAGAACUGCUCUUCCCGCAUGGUGGUGCCAAAGGCAGCCAUCUACCAAACUCAGACUUUCUAUGCCAAAGGGAAGAUGAAGGAGGUUAAGCAGCUGGUGGCCAACCUCCGGGGAGAGUCCCUGUCCUCGGGCAAAACGGAGACCUGGAGCGGAAAGAUGCUUAAGAUCCCACCUGUCUCACCCUCCAUCUUGGACUGCAGCAUUAUCAGAGUGGAGUACUCUCUCAUGGUAUACGUGGACAUACCUGGGGCGAUAAACUUGUCCCUGAAUCUGCCCCUGGUCAUUGGAACCAUACCCCUCCACCCAUUUGGCUCCCGAACCUCUAGUGUCAGCAGCCAGUGCAGCAUGAGCUGGCUGGGCAUGGGUCUACCAGAGAGGCCUGAAGCUCCUCCCAGCUAUGCAGAGAUUGUGACAGAAGAGCAGAGGCAGAGCAGUCUGGAUGUCCCAGCAGCCCGAGAGGAGCUGGACGGGCCACUCUUUGCCUAUAUUCACGAGUUCCGCUUCCAGCCACCUCCUCUGUACUCUGAGAUCGAUCCUCACCCAGAUCACGCCAGGCGUACAGAAGAGCGCAGGCUUGAUGCCUGUCCAUCACGCUGAGGGCACCCCCAAAAUUCCCCUGACUGACUUGGGGAAACACUAAGGAACCUGCUUUCAAGGCUCAGCUUAUUUUUCUCAGAUGACGGCAUUCACACAAUGCUGUUGACAUCAAGAGAAAAACAAAAUAUCCAACCAACCAACCAACCAACAAAGACUUGCACACAGUUGAGUUGGAUUGGACAAAUCUGUUCCUGCCUUCCCUCAGGAGUCACUAGUGUGGGCUGUCACUUCCUUCCUGUGUCAGCCCACUGAGGGUGGGAGGGCAGAUGAACACCUAUUCUGUCUGUAUGACAAAAACCCCACUAGUAGUGAGAGCCCUGGUGAUGGUAUUGACAGUGACGAAGAAGAAUCACCAAGGCUCAGCCUGCCAAGCUCCUCUUCACCCCUUUGAUUCUUCUGUACUCGUGGCACAUACGGACAUGGCUCUUCACACAUAGAGCAGGACUAAUCAUGUCCAGACUUCAGCAGAAUCACCUUAAGAAAAUGGGAUGAAGAGAGAAGAGUAACAACAACAAUGUUCUAACCACCAUAGUCUGUAUGAUGGAAAGCUUUCAGCAGCAGCGGUCAACAACAGAGCGAACACUAGGUCCUCCUGCCUCAUUUGGGAUUUUGUUUUGCACAUUUUGAGUUGCGUGGCUCUGUUUAACGAGAAUUUCUUUUCAAAUCACUAAUAGUUUGGUUUCAGCCUCGCAGUACGCCAGACUAAAAAUACGAGACUGCAGGUUUAACUUUAUAAGACUAUCAUCUGCAUAACUUUGAGCAGCGCUGAGAACAGGAUUUGAUUUUUGAAAAAAAAAAACGAAAAAAAACAAAGAGACUGAAAAGAACAAUGCACUGAAUUUGUUUAAGUUGUUAUAAGAAUUUUCAUUUUCUCGUUUUGAUGUUUCCACGGUGACUAACAACAACCAGACCAGACCGGACUUUUACAACAGCCGCACCACCCUAUCUCCACGUGGUAGCUCUUCAAGAUGUUGCCUCCUAAGCUCGGAUCCAAGAGCGGCUUCCCUCCUCUUGAGUUUAUGUUAUUCUGUCCUUGUAUCUAGCUCCGGUCAUAGAACAGCUUUUAGCCUUUUUGCUUUUUUGGUUUAUUUUGAGGAUGCUCUGGAUUUGGACUAGGGGGGUUGCAGACCUUCAUUUGCCACUUUGAAUAGUAGCUGACCAGAAAAAUGUGUGUGUGUGUGUGUGCGCUUGUGUGUGUGUGAGAGAGAUCAGAGGUGGUACAUUGUUGAGGGACUCGUCCUAACUGCCUGCAGCCCCUCUACUCCUAAUCUCAGGGCAAGCCUGGCUUGCUUAACUGCCCAAAAAGCACUGUCUCAGGUGGUCUUCUCACUUGCCAAACUGUUGGAAUUUAGAGUUUUGUUUAAAUUGCACUGUUAAAGCAGAGUUGGGUUUUUUUUUUGUUUUGUUUUGUUUUGUUUUGUUUUGUUUUUUAACUACCAAAAUGAGAGAACAGACCUGCAGAGAAGCAAGGCAGCUUUCUGAAAUGAAUCACAUUCCCUUUUUGUCCUGCUGCACUUGCCCACUUCAUCCAACCAACAUUUAGACCUCACCAGACCAGUGAAGCCUGAAUGCCAGUCAUAAAAAAAAAAGAAAGGAAAAGGAGGGAUGACGCGACUUCUGCAUUAAAGAAGCAAACCAACACUAAAGAAAAGCUGGGGACGUUGCUAAACUUCUGUUCGGCCUGGUCAGAACAAGUAGUAGUAGUAGAUUGACAUGAGUAAUACAUUGGUUUUCUAACUCAUUCAAGACAAAAGACCAGCUGUAACAGAAGUUUGACAUUGUCAGAAAAAAAAGCAGCACUUUUUUUGAUAAGAAAAAAAAAAGCAUUCAACGGUGAAGGUCUGGUGAGAGAAAAACAUUUGGUACUAACCAUGUAGUAGUAGAGGAUUUUCAGUCAAGGUGUUGUGUAGGACGGUAAUGCAUUAUUCAGUCUUUUUAAGAUUAGUUACUUCUUUUUUUUUUUUUCUUUUUUUCCAAGUUUACAUUUUGAAACGUAGCUAACGCGUGUUUGUAUGUGUUGAGUGUGUGCACGCUCUUGUCCAGCUGGCAACUACAUCCACGGCUUCUGGCGGUAAUCAACAAACUGCAGAUGAUUAAAGUGAUCUUAUCUUAGUGGCCUUGACACAGAAAAGACCUGAUUAAUUUUUCAGUGUCUAUGCGGACUUCAUUAUGUUUGUGAACACCUGUACGUUUUAGACCUUUCUAUGUUUAUUCAAAAGGACAAAAAGGGAACAGAAAAAAAGUCCUUUUAAAGCAAGUGUUGUUAAAAAAGACAUCUUGGACAGGCCUCUUUGAUUGUGUUGCUGGUGAGGGUUGACUAUUAUCUUUUUUUUGUUUUUUUUUUCCAUAUAUUUCUGGGCAUUAACAAAGGUUGCUUUCUAGUUUACCAAUCAACCUUCUUGAGUUAGUCUCCCCCGAUCCGCCUCAGGUCUGGGGUGGCAGCUGUUGAUCAGCACCCUUCCUCCUGCUCCUCCGAGAAACAUUUAGGUAACGUGGAAUAGCUGAUAAAGCACUUCUUCUAUGGUAAGCCCAUGUCAGACCUGUUUGCAGUUCUUUGUUUGGAUUUUAUCUUAGGGAAAACAAAUCAAGCUAUGCGGUAAAGAAUAAGCUCACAUACUUGUUUCAGGUUGGUCAAUUCCAUAGUCCAUUUGCUUGGGCCUCACAGUAGUCCAGUGUCAAAAAGUAAGCUAAACUCCUGGCCUAAUAAAAGGCAGGAACUGAAAUGUUCACAGAUAAAGAGCCUGGGAGACAGGAUCUGAAACAUUUUAGAAACAAAGUGCAAUAUUACUCACUGAAUUUUCUUCAUUCUCCAUUUUUAUGUUUUUUUUUUUUUUUCGUCUGUUAAUCAUGAUGAUGUAUAGAUAUUCUAUGAAUAUGCUAUGUUCUGAAUGAUUUAACCUUUUGUCUAGUUCUUCCUUUUGAUUUGAAUAAACAUUUUGUUCUAAAGGA